CCUGAUGCCGCAUCCCUAACAUGUUCUCUUCAAAUAAUUUCACAACUUCUCAGACCAGUAUCUGGAAACAAUAUGUCAGUCAUGACACACACACAAGAGACACCAGUGGCACGAAUCGCUGCCCUAAUACAUGGUCAAUCCCUCCGCCUCCCAAGCCUUCAGCCUGUGCUUUCGAACUGGCCGACACUGUUGAGCCCUCACUAUGCUGAACUCAAAAAGAAGGUCGGCAUGAAAAUCGACGAGUGGAUUUCUGACGAGCGCGUUCGACGAAAGGCACAGAUCAUUGACUUGCCAUUGUUUUCUUCAAUCUGGUACCCUCACGCCACUCUGGACCGUCUUGAAAUGAUAACUUGGUACUCAAUGUGGAUCUUCCUUUGGGACGAUGUUAUUGAAGAUAGUGCGACUCUUGCCUCCGGGAUUACUGACAAGGUUUCAUGGAUACACCACCAAGCACUGAAGUACAUGGAGUACCAUCUCGGCCUGUCAUCCUCCCUCGAAGAACCAGUACCCCCCACCAAAUACUGCACAUUGUUCAGAUAUGCCGCCGAGCCGUUCCGGAAAGCAUCAAGCCUCUUACAGAGAAUCAGAUUCUAUGAAGAGCUCAAGGUAUACAUGGAUGGCUGUGAAGUCGAACAGGAGUUUGUGCGUGCUGGCGAGCUUCCGAGUUGGCGAGAGUAUUGGUCGCACAGACUGGGCACCUCAUCUGUGCAUACCUACAGCGCUCUGGGCGAAUAUAUGAGUGGCGGUAACAUACCACCAGAAAUGUUUGAUACCCCUGAGCUAAAGGAGCUUUGGGUGGGAAUCAACAGGCACAUUGUCACUGUCAAUGAUCUAAUAUCAUUCAAAAAGGAGGUUGACAAGUCAAGCUUCCAUAGCCUCGUCCCAAUUGUAAUGAAUGAGACCGGCGCAAACUUGGACACGGUCGUCGACAGCUUAGUUGAUACGCUGCGCAACAUUGGAGACAGCAUGAACCGAGCGGGGGAUAGGCUGAUUGCUCUCGCAGAGAACAGUCAUGGAGCGCAAGGGAGGCAAAAUAUGGAACAGUAUGUCCUGUGUUUUCAAACCAGCGCAACCGGGAAUUACUGGUGGUCGUAAGUUCUGUUACUCAACCUGCACGUGAAACACACUGGUUUGAAAAGGGCCAUACUGAUUGAUUCUGUAGACUCUUUUGUCGCCGUUACGGUGUAGAGCAAUAUUUGCAAGCCGAUGGGUCUCUUGUUGUACCUCUCUAGUCAAGCAUGGUUGACUCUCGAGUCAUGGGCGGUUUGGAAGAGAUAUCCUACAUGCGAGGGGGUUCUUUGCAUUUUUAGCAUGGUGUUUGGCGUUUUUGAGGGUUGAGGUGCAGGGGAAGAUAAGGUACUCAAGGUUGCCAGUUUUAGGUAUGUAGAGAACGUAAUGAAUAUACUUAGUUAGCUGUAUCUCUCA